AAAGGCGGAAGUCGAACUGCCAUAGGUCCCGGUAGGUAAGCCCGCCCACUCCUAGCUGUGAUUGGCCAGGUGACGAGUCCGUCGCCAAAGGUGGGCAGGUACCUUAACAAAGGCCAGGGUGACAGAAGGAGAGAGUGUGGCCUGGGUGCUUCCUGGGAUCUGGGGCCACUUGUUCCUCAGGUACCCCCCCCCUCUCUGGCCCCUCCCAGUCUGGGGCAAAAGCCAGAGGCACAGGGGGAGCCCCACAGCGAACAUGAAGUGUGAAAACUGCACCAAAACGGAAUGCAGUAAGAAGAAGAAGACAGAGGAGAAUGGAGAAAUCCUUGAUGCCCCGGCUCUGGCAGACGGAGAGGAGAAAAGUGAGUUCCACCGUUUGGCCGAGGCUAAGAUCUUCCUGAGCGACUGCCUGGCGUGCAGCAACUGUGUGACAUCAGAGGAGGGGGCUAAAAUCUUUGCCCAAAACCAGAAAGAACUUUUUAAAGUCCUGAACCUUAACAAGAAAUGCGACUCCUCGUUGCACAAGUUAGUGGUGGCGUCGGUCAGUCCCCAGUCGGUGCCUUAUUUUGCCGUGAAGUUCCAUCUGUCUGUCUGCGAGGCGGCCAAGAAGCUCUGUGGGUUCCUGAAGAGCCUUGGAGUGCACCACGUGUUGGACACAACCAUCGCAGCUGACUUCAGUAUCUUGGAGACUCAAAGAGACUUCAUCCAGAGGUUUAGGAGACAGACCCAGGACGAGCAUGCCUUCCCCAUGUUUGCCUCUGCUUGCCCAGGGUGGGUCCAGUACGCAGAGCGGGUCCUGGGGGACUCGGUCACACCCCACAUCUGCACAGCCAAAUCCCCGCAGCAGAUCAUGGGAUCCCUGGUGAAGGGAUAUUUUGCCUCCAGCAAGAACCUCUCUCCUGACAAAAUCUUCCACUUGAUGGUGGCUCCUUGCUAUGACCGGAAGCUGGAGGCCCUGCGGGACGAUUACUACACGGAGCUGUUCAACUGUCGCGAUGUCGACUGCGUUCUGACCUCAGGGGAGGUGAUGCAAAUCAUGGAACAAAAGAAUAUUUCAGUGAAAGAGAUGGAGGAAAUCCCACUAGAGAACGUGUUCGGGGAAACAAGCUUUGAAUUUGUACGCCAUGAAGGUACCAGCUCUGAUGGGUAUCUGGCACACGUCUUCCGGCACGCAGCAAAGGAGCUGUUCGACAUGGACGUGCAGGAGAUCUCCUACAAGGCGCUAAAGAACAAAGACUUCCUAGAGGUAUCUUUAGAGAAGGACGGCGAGACUGUUCUGCGUUUCGCUGCUGCGUACGGCUUCCGGAACAUUCAGAAUAUGGUACUGAAACUGCGCAAGGGGAAAUUCCAUUAUCACUUUGUGGAAGUGUUGGCCUGCCCUGGAGGGUGCCUGAAUGGGAAGGGGCAAGCACAGAGCACGGAGGGAAAGGUAGAGCGGGCGCUGCUGCACGAGAUGGAGGAAGUAUAUACCCGUGUUCCAAUCCAGAAGCCAGAGUCCAACCCGCACAUACAAGCUCUAUAUGAGGACUGGCUCCAGGGAGCUGAUUCCCAGAAAACCAGGGAGACCCUACACACCAGAAUAGUAGCCAGCGCCCAGAGUGCCGCCCGCUUGGAUAUGAAAUGGUGAUGGUACCGGGGUACUGGUGCCCACCCCAGGCUGUUACUGGUUUCUAUGCAACGGGAAAGUGACUUGUGACUUGACAACCGCCUCCUAGAGGCUGAUGGGAAACUCUUAGCCACUUCCUGUCUUCUUCAGCUGCCUUGAAUAACUCCUGUGGAUUUCUAGCAGGUAGCCUUGAAUCACUAUGGAUUCCUUUCUAGCCCAGAGAGAUGCAUUAUGGGAACUGUGUCAUUGUCCUGUCUGUGUUGUAAUAACUGUCCUGCACGCGGUGGGGUUGGGGGCAUCCUGAAAGCAGAAUUAAACCAGACCCCACAGAGCGAGAUAUUAAGUAUUCUUGGAUAGGAGCAUUAAAGGUACAGCAACGCUUAUAUGCACUUUGGGCAACAGAACACGAUAAAAGCUUUAACUGCUUCCCUGCCGCAGCCCAGGGUACGGUGAGGACAAACCAGUAGGGAAAGUGUUUCCUAAUGUUAAUGGAAAGAUACAUUUCUUUUUUGUCCAUUUGAAUGGGGGAUUUACUUCUUAUUUUGUUUACUUCCUGCCUGACUCCUUUGAACAGGAAGUUAAUAGUACAGAUGAAAUAUCUUUCCCCUGGUAACACAUGCAAUACAAUUCCAGGCCCUUCACCCACAAACUGUCCAUGUUAAAAUGUGCUUUUUGGAUGAUACGGUAACAAGUGUUUGUUAUCCUUUUCCAUACAGGAUAGGGUAGCAGCGGGCUUCUCAGGGCUGGGGUCAUAGCUCUGGUUCCGAGAACCCGCUGUCUCUGCUUUAGGAUUAUUUUGCACCUGUAAAGCUGCUUUUGACAGCCAAUCGGAUCAUCCAAAGCAUGUUUGUGCCUGUAAAACUGCCCAAUACAAACAGCUGGUGCCCUAUCGGAAUGCUCGGUGUAGUGGGGUUCCACUCUACAGGGGACGUUAGUGCCACGUGGUGCAGAACCUGGUCUCCUGGUUGUUUGGUGAAUACUGAGGGUGACAUGACACUCAAAUACCCGCCAUUGUUGGUGGCACUGCCCUGCUCUCCAUAAGCUGAAGCCCAUGUGAUAUGCAGUGACCACUACCAAACCCACUGCAUACCAACUGGGGGUUACUAAUACACGGCCCACCAAUGGUGGGUAGGGAUGCACGGCCCACCAAUGCCAGGCACAAAUACACGGCCCCCCAGUGGCGGGUAGGGAUGCACGUCCCCCCAGUGGCGGGUAGGGAUGCACGGCCCCCCAGUGGCGGGUAGGGAUGCACGUCCCCCCAGUGGCGGGUAGGGAUGCACGUCCCCCCAGUGGCGGGUAGGGAUGCACGGCCCCCCAGUGGGGGGUAGGGAUGCACGGCCCCCCAGUGGGGGGUAGGGAUGCACGGCCCCCCAGUGGGGGGUAGGGAUGCACGGCCCCCCAGUGGGGGGUAGGGAUGCACGGCCCCCCAGUGGGGGUAGGGAUGCACGGCCCCCCAGUGGCGGGUAGGGAUGCACGGCCCCCCAGUGGCGGGUAGGGAUGCACGGCCCCCCAGUGGCGGGUAGGGAUGCACGGCCCCCCAGUGGCGGGUAGGGAUGCACGGCCCCCCAGUGGCGGGUAGGGAUGCACGGCCCCCCAGUGGCGGGUACGGAUUCGUGGCCCAUCAGUUGUGGUUUGGGAUGCGCGGCCCACCAGAUGUGGGUAGGGACGCGCGGCCCACCAGGGGCGGGCACAAAUACACGGCCCACCAAUGGCGGGUAUAAAUACACGGCCCCCCAAUGGCGGGUAUAAAUACACGGCCCACCAAUGGCGGGUAGGAAUACAUGUUAUUUUACCAACAGUGGUGGAGUGGGGUAACCCUGCAGAAGUCGCCCAGUACUGAGUAGCUGCUAUAUCAUGGUGCUUGCUGUGCCAGCUUUUGGGUUAAAAAAGCCUUUUUUAUUUCUGUUUUCAGUAAAACUUUUUGCCGCUCCAGUAAAGCCCAAUUCAGAGAUUGGGCAAAUGUCCCUUUUCUGCAUGAAUUGAUGUAGGUACUUGUAAUGCUGAUUUUAAUGCAAAAUGCCCGGCCAGGCAGAAGGGCACGGUACUAUUUCCUGUUCUAAACCAAAAUCCCCGAGGUGCCGCCUCUUCAUCGCUGCUCUGGUCUCUCUGAUUGGCUGAUGCCCACAGUGCCCGCCCCAGGCCUUAACUGUGUUUUUACUUAGCAAAUUGAGACAAGUAUGUAAUGGGAAAAAAUCAGUUACCCACAAUCCUCAGCACAGAUGUUACUACUGAUGGCCCAGAAUCCUUAGCACUUUGGUGUCCAUUAAAUUACAACUUUCCGACAUUGGUUACCCAGAAUCCUUAGCAGAGAGAUCUUGGUAUGGUUGCUGUAUUCGUACACAUUGCAGUUUGUCACUUGGCAUUAGGGCUAAUUUAUCUCUUCAGCUGGAACAGCCCAGUGUGUGACUUCUCUGGCAGAAUCCCAGCUUUGUUUUACCUCCAGUUUUAACGUUGUGUCUGUUUUUGUUGUGUGUGUGCAGGUAAUCGGAUUGUGUUUUGUUCCUAUCAAUUAAACGUUAUCCAACAAAA